AUGACCGGCUCAUCAUCCCAAUUCCAACAGCUAGAGAAACUAGGAGAAGGAACGUAUGCCACCGUGUACAAGGGCCGUAACCGCGCGACUGGCGCAUUGGUUGCGUUGAAGGAGAUCAACUUGGAUUCUGAAGAAGGCACACCAUCAACUGCAAUUAGGGAGAUUUCCUUGAUGAAAGAGUUGGAUCAUGAGAAUGUGGUAACCUUGUACGAUGUCAUACAUACGGAGAAUAAAUUAACCCUUGUGUUUGAAUACAUGGAUAAGGAUUUGAAAAAGUAUAUGGAGGUUCAUGGUCAACAGGGUGCUUUGGAUUUGAAAAUUGUCAAAAGCUUCUUGUUUCAACUACUUAAGGGAAUCAUGUUUUGUCAUGAUAAUCGAGUCUUGCAUCGUGAUUUGAAACCACAAAAUUUGUUGAUUAACAGCAAAGGUGAAUUGAAAUUGGGGGAUUUUGGAUUGGCUCGUGCAUUUGGUAUUCCUUUCAAUACUUUUUCCAACGAGGUUGUCACAUUAUGGUAUAGAGCGCCAGAUGUGUUGUUGGGAUCUAGAGCAUAUACUACGUCGAUAGAUAUCUGGUCAGCUGGGUGUAUAUUUGCCGAAAUGUGUACUGGUAAACCAUUGUUUCCAGGUACCGCCAAUGAUGACCAGUUGAUUAAAAUCUUCCGGUUGAUGGGAACUCCCAAUGAACGUACGUGGCCUGGUAUCAGCUCCUACCCCAAUUACAAAAACAACUGGCAAAUUUUUGUUCCUCAAGAUUUACGCUUGUUGGUGCCAAACUUGGACUCAAUGGGAUUGAAUUUGUUGGUGAGUCUAUUGCAAAUGAGACCAGAACUGAGAAUCACCGCAAGACAGGCUUUGCAACACCCGUGGUUCCAUGAGAUAACGAUGCCAACUCCCGUCCAGCAUCAUUUAAGUGAUCCCUACCAACAACAAUAUCAGCAACAGCAACAGCAACAACAGCAACAGCAACAACAACAGCACCACCAACAUCGUGCAGAUGGUGCGCAACAACCCAUCAUUGAUCAUCAAUACUGA